AUGCCCCUCUGUAAGAUCUACACAGAACCGUGCAUCAUUGAAGGAGGAAAUUGUGAGGUUAACACGGAGCAUGAGGUGAUUAAGAAAGCAUCAGCGAUCAAGCAGAACCAGAAAAAAUCGAUCCACUGCAAACACCUCUUCAAUCCUCCACCGGGACAAGACCGUCAUAUUAGAACUGUUAUCACAAGGGGAGUUCCUGGCAUCGGGAAAACAGUAUGUGCCAACAAAUUCAUUCUAGACUGGGCUGAGGAGAGAGAAAACAAAAACCUGGACUUUGUGUUCCCUCUGCCCUUCCGUGAUCUUAAUCGUGUGGGCGAUAAACCCAUCAGUCUUGUUGGACUUAUCAAUAAACUUUUUCCUGAAACCAAAGACACAGAAAUCUUUAAAGACACAGGAAUCCUUACUAACGAUCAAUACAAAAUGCUUUUCAUCUUGGAUGGCCUGGACGAGAGCCUACUAUCUUUGGAUUUCAAGGAAUGUGAAAUAGUGACUGAUGUGACACAGCCAACUGAGACAGCUGUGCUUAUGACCAACAUCAUCAGGGGAAGACUUCUCCCCUCAGCUUUCAUCUGGAUAAUAUCUCAGCCAGAUGCUUCCAGCAAAAUACCUUUUGAGCACAUUGACCUGGUGAUUGAGGUGCAAGGGUUUAAAACCCCCCAGAAAGAUGAGUACUUCAGAAGUAUAAUUGAUUGCCAGAAUAGAGCAGACGAGGUAAUCACCCACGUGAAAUCCUGUGAGAGUCUUCACAUCAUGUGCCACAUACCAAUCUUUUGCUGGAUGGUGGCAAGUUUGUUCGAGAAGAAGCCAGCAACAGCAGGUGGUACUAACAUGCCAGCAACUCUGACCCCAAUCUACAUACACUUCUUGACUGUGUGUGUGGACAACAUGAGCAAGAAGCUGCCCGGAAACAGCGAGGCAAAGCCUGACAGUGUGAGGAAUGAUCUUAUCUCUCUGGGUAAGCUUGCCUUUGAAGAACUUGAGAAAGGCAAAUCUAUUUUUAAUGAGAGCAGCCUUACCCAAAAUGGUAUCAAAGUCACAGAGCCAACCUUGUGUUCUGGACUCUACGCCCAGAUCUUUAGUGAGGACUUGAUCCUGUGUCAGGAAAACACGUUCUGCUUUGUGCAUCUGAGUGUCCAAGAGUUCUUUGCAGCUUUGUAUGUCUAUCUCAAGUUCAACAAUGACAACGAGAAUGUCCUUAUGAAGAAAUCAUCUAUAUCAAGACGAUUUCUAUCAAGAGAUUCAUCAGAGCUCGUCCUCUACAAAGCAGCAGUAAAAAAGGCUCUGCAGUGUGAGAGUGGACAUUUUGACAUAUUUCUGCGCUUCCUCUUGGGCCUGUCUCUUGAAUCAAAUCAAACUCUGGUGAAGCAUCUGCUGAUUCAUAACAGAACCAACCAGAAGACAAGAGCUGAGAUCAUCAAAUACAUCAAAGAGAAGAUCCAAGCCAGUCCACCUCCAGGCAGGUGCGACAACCUUCACCUCUGUCUGAAUGAGCUGAAUGAUGACUCUGAGAUGAUUCAGAGCUACUUUCGAGAAAGGAUGCACAGCAAACAAUGA